AUGUUCUCUUCACUCUCAAACCUCCAACCUCGCCAAUUAGCGACGCAAGUUUUGAACUUCGCUUUGGUCCUCAGCACAGCAUUCAUGCUCUGGAAAGGUCUCUCAGUCGCAACCGACUCCUCCUCCCCCAUCGUCGUCGUCCUCUCCGGAUCCAUGGAACCAGCCUUCCAACGCGGAGACCUGCUGUUCCUGUGGAACAGAGGACUAGACACCAAAGUUGGAGAAGUGGUGGUGUACAAUGUUAGAGGCAAGGACAUUCCCAUCGUGCACAGAGUGGUCAGAAGGUUUGGUGGAGGCAGUGGGUAUGUUUUUGAUUUGCUCCCCCGCUGCGAAUUGGGGCUUGGGAAUGAUAUGCUGACGAUGGAUUUGNNUGGUUAUAGACCUAAGGCUCCUCCGCUUCAACUCCUUACCAAGGGCGAUAAUAAUGCAGCAGAUGAUACUGAGCUCUACGCUAGAGGUCAGGACUUCUUGACCCGCAAGACGGAUGUUAUUGGCAGUGUGGUUGGUUACAUUCCUUUUGUGGGAUAUGUUACUAUCCUGCUGGCCGAGUACCCUUGGCUCAAGACCGUGAUGCUGGCGUUCAUGGGCUUGACGGUUGUCUUCCAAAGGGAAUGA